AUGAGGUGUUGGAGGAGGGAGGCUGUGCCCUGAGCGUCCGUGAUGUUAGCGAGCUGCUACACGCCCAGUAUGCCAUCAUUACAGGUGGCAAGUCCCGGGAGGGCUGUCCUAUCCUCACCUUCCCGGACCGGGGUAACUUCGCCCAGUUGGCCGACGAGGAGUACCGAAAGCUUAUUAUCUACCUCACCUCUGUGCCCUCACUCCAGGACGCCGACAUGGGCUUUGUCUUGGUUAUCGACAGACGGAAUGAUAAGUGGAACUCGGUCAAGACCGUCCUGCUCAAGAUUUCGGGUUUCUUCCCCGGGCUCAUCACGGUCGCUUAUGUACUGAGACCGGCUGGAUUCUUCCAGAAAGCAAUCUCGGAAGUCUCCAACAAGAUCUUCAGAGACGAAUUCAAGUUCAGGGUCGUCGUAUGCAAUUGUGUUGGCGACCUGCAUGAUUACAUCGACAAGAACCAGCUGACGGAGGACCUAGACGGCUGCAUACCUUACAACCACGAUGAAUGGAUCGAGCAGAGAGUGAGAGACCGAGAACGUGGCAGAAGAGUAGUAGCAAGGAACCCACGUCGGCUAUUCUCUGGUAUAGAGGAGGCGGCAGUGGCCCACGCUCGCACCGUCGUCGAGCUGAUCAACGAUAUCGCCGCCACCCACGACUCAGAUGCCUUCAUAGCAGGGGACUAUAUCCUCCAGAUUCAGCGCCGCCCUGGCUACCAUCGCUUCUACAAUGAGCAACUCUUUUCCCGACAGAUCCAGCACGCCGUGGCUACUCUGAAGCAGGCGGUGGAGAAGUUCAGCGCCAACACACAGGAGAUCAGUGCCUCGCUGAGAGCCUUCACCCAGAAGCUGCAGGAGACCGAAUUCCCCAACGAUGUCGCUUCUACGGAGGAACUUCUUCGUUCACAGUGUGCUGAAUACAGUGUGCUGAAGGACGACUUGUUAUCCGCAUCUCGACACGGAGAAACAUUACUGAACUGCAUCAAACGACCUGGAGAACCACGCUCUGCACGACUUUGUCCUGACAAGCUCAUCAAUGUAACUGCAGUGGAGCGGCUAUUGGUUCAGCUGGAGGAGACGGAAAGAACCUUUGAUGAAUUCUGGACAAGACACGAAGGAAGGCUCACACAGUGUCUUCAGCUGAGACGCUUUGAAACAGAUUUCAGAGAGCUGCAGACAUGCCUGGAAGUCUCAUUAAAGCAGCUCUCAGCAAUGUCUGAGAUCGGAGAUUCAGUCAUACAUGUCGACCAGUUGUUAGCAGAGGCUCAAGAUUUCCACAUGCUCACUGCCGAUCAACUUGAGAAGGCAGAGGAACUACGCAUCAUUGGCACACAACUUAUUGAAAGUCAACACUACGCAGUUGACUCCAUCCAGCCCAAAUGUGUUGAGUUAGUAAGGAUGAGAGAUGCCUUCCACGACCGCAUCACCAAGCGCCUUGAAACUUUACACAAAUGUCGAGACCUUCAAGAACGCAUCGAGAGAGCCAAUAAAUGGUGUACUGAGGGUGUGGAACUCCUGGCCUCACAACAGAUUGAGAGAUGUCAAGCUCCAGAGUUUGCCGAGGAGGCUUUAAGGGAGUUGGAGGACUUCAUGGCAUCCUCAGACCACAACCGGCUGGGCAGUUCUCGGGAACUGAAGGCAAUGUUUGAAGAUGUCAUUACUCCUGAGACUAAGGGUCUGGUGCAACAAGUGCUGAAGCGGAUAGAAGAUGUACAGAUGAUGUGUGAGAAACGGAAGAGUUCACUGAAGAAACUAGCAACGCGCCUGCCCCGUCCUGUUCACGCUGUGACACCAGAACCAGCCGUACCUCUUCAUUACUCGCAGGGACAAAGCUCGCACCCUCACUCUCACCCAGCCUCCCCGCUACAUGCUGAACUUCCCAAGUCGCCAAAGAGCAUGAGAAAGGCUUCAACACUACCAAAGCUUGGUGAUAGCGGGGAUUCACCGGAGUGGACGAGCGAUGCGGAAGCAGCCCGGGCUAAGAGAGGCCACGUCCUCAAAGAACUACUGGAUACUGAGAGGGUCUAUGUUUCUGAACUCUGCUCGAUACUUAAGGGGUACAAAGACGAGAUGCUGAACCCAGAGAUGCAGCCUCUGAUCCCAAUCAACCUGUAUGGUAAGAGUGAUCUCCUCUUUGGUAAUAUGGAGGAGAUCUUCCGCUUCCAUAAUGAUGUCUUCCUACGGGAUCUGGAGAACUGCAUCAACACCCCGGAGCUCAUUGGUCUUUGCUUUGUUCAGAGGAAAGAUUCAUUCCAUCGGCUGUACUCACUGUACUGCCAAAACAAGCCCCAGAGUGAAGAGCUGCGACGGCAGGUAUGCGACAGUAACCCGUUCUUCAAGGAAUGUCAGCGGCGUCUUCACCACAAGCUACCUCUUGGUGCCUACCUUCUGAAGCCUGUGCAGCGUAUCACAAAGUACCAACUCCUUCUGAAGGAUUUGCUGAAAUGUGUGGAGGGUAGUCAAGGGCGGCGGGAACUCCAGGAAGCGGUUGACACAAUGCUCACGGUUCUCAAGUGCCUCAAUGACUCCAUGCAUCAGGUUGCCAUUGUGGGCUUCCCAGGUAACUUGGCAGACCUUGGUAAGUUGCUCAUGCAGGGACCUUUCAGUGUGUGGAAUGAAAGUAAGAAAGGACUGAGAGAGUUGCGGCUCAAACCUGCUCAGAGACACAUUUUCCUCUAUGAGAAGGUGUUACUCUUCACUAAAAGGGCUGGAAAAGACACAGAUCGUGCUACAUAUCACUUCAAAAAUGCUCUUAAGAUGUCACAAGUAGGGCUAACGGAGAGCGUGCGUGGCAAUAAGGGUGAUGUACGGAAGUUUGAGGUGUGGCUCCAAGGAAGACAGGAAGUUCACAUUAUCCUUGCGCCAUCUGUCGAAGUAAAGGAAACGUGGGUGAAAGAAAUUAAACGAGUUCUACUCGACCAAUUUGAGUACCUGAAAGGCGAGAAUAUUAAGCAGUAUUCCUCAAGGAUUCAGAAGGGUGCAAGUCUGAAUGGCAUCAGAAUCCCCCCUCUGUCACCCACGACUCAGCAUAGAGCUCUGAGACAAACAGCAUCAUGGGAUAUGGCUGGGAACGGGAUGAGUGGCAGCGGUGGUUCUAUCAGCUCUAGCAGUUCUGAGGGUCGGCAAGGGGAGAGCAGCAAGGAGAGUGGGCGUCGCUCUUCACGUAUGAUGAGAUCGGUAGAUGCUACCCUUGGUGAUGCCCCGGAAGAGGAAGAGGAAAGCUGGUCAUCAGAUUACUCAGCCUCAGAUGAGGAGGAAGAUCAGGAAACUUUUUCGGAGAGCACUGAGACUUUUUCUCAGUACACAUCGUCAAGGUUCCUGGUAUUAGCUGACUACAAUGCCAUGGGUGGAUCAGAGGUUAGCCUACGAGAAGGGGAUUAUGUUGACUUGAUCAAAGUGGGAUGCGCUGGCUGGUGGUACGUGCGAGUCUCCGGGACUCCCUAUGAGGGGUGGGCUCCGGCUGCCUACCUUGAGCGGGUUCUUAAGAAGGGCAGCAGGUCCUCUCCUUCGGUCAGCAGCCAAGAGUCUUCUUCAGGUCUCAAGCACGCCACAUCAAGAUCAUCUGUUGCAUCCCUAUCUACAAAAUCUGAGGAAGUGAACAUACUGUAAAUCGAUCUGUAAAUAGCAUAUUAUACUACCUUAUGGCAAUUAAAACCCAUGCAUACUCAAA